GCAGGGGGCGGGAGGAAGCGGAACGCAGCCCUCACCGAACGUCCCUCACGAGCGGUGCGCCCGCCCGCACUAAAAAGGGUCGCCCUCCGCUUUGUGCCGGUUACGCCCUAGUCCCCACUCCAGUCAGAAGGGUCUGGGGGUUCUCCCUGCGGCCAGCAAGGGAGGGCGGGGCGAGGCGAGGAGGAUCUAGGGCGGGACCGCGAGGCCAGUGUCUCUUCCGCUUUCCUUUUGUUCUCUUCAACCGCCGACCAGAUUUCACGCGGGUGAGAGGGCGGUUUCCCGGACACAUCACCCCCUGCGCCCGUGCCCCCAGGCUCACGGGUACCUUCCUGCGUUAGCGCACAGAUUGCGCCACGUGGCCUUGACCCCUCUGGCUCGCCACCAGCUCCGGCGGACGCUCCCGCAAGUCAAUUUGCACGGUGGAAGCGAAUGAGUUGCGGGGGUGCCCCGCGGCAGAAGAACCCUGCGCGCCAUGCAGUCUCCGCUGGACUGGCCCCCGGUGCCUGGCGCCUUCAGGCCCUCGCCCUUCCCGAACCCUGUGCUGCAUGCCCUCCACGGUCUGGCCCGCGCGCUGCUUUUCCCGGCUUACUGGGCCCUGGACCAGCUGCUGGGCUGCUGGGCGCCGAUUGCGCGCCCCAGCUGCCUAAAGUGGCUGAGAGCAGCCGCGGGAGCCGGAGCGGCGCUCCUGCUGCUAAUGCUCAUUGGCCUGCCUUUGGCCCUGCCCGGCCUGCUGCUCUGGCUGCCGCUGCAGGCCUGGCGCCGCCCCUUCUGCUACCAGCCCCCUCCGCAAUGCUGGGCGCCUCCCGCACCCUGGCGCCCCCCAGCUGAGCCCGUGCGCUGCUUCAGCUUUCUCAGCGCCAACGUGUGCCUGCUCCCCGACGGGCUAGCACGCUUCAGCAACUUGCCGCACACCCAGCGGCGAGCCGAAGCCGUGGGCGCUGUGCUACUCGCCGGCCUGCGGCCCUUGCGCUAUGGGACUAUGGACUGCAGUCCGCCAGGGACUGGGGCGCCCGGCGGGGUGCUGAUAGCCACGGUACCGGCGGGCCUGGACUUCGUGUGCCUGCAGGAGGUGUUCGAUCUGCGCGCGGCGCGCAGCCUGGUGAGCCGCCUGGCGCCCAAUCUGGGCCCAGUGUUAUACGAUGUGGGUACGUUCGGCCUGCAGCCCGGGCCGCACCUCAAGCUGCUGGGCAGCGGGCUGCUGCUCGCAUCCCGCUACCCGCUGCUGCGCGCCGCCUUCCGGUCCUUCCCCGAUGCUCGUCGCGAGGACGCGCUGGCCUCUAAGGGACUUCUUUCUGCACAGGCGCAAGUGGGCAUUCUGGACGGGCGCCGCAUCGUGGGCUUCCUGCACUGCACGCACUUGCAUGCGCCAAUUGAGGACGGGUCCCUGCGCUGCAAACAGCUGACGCUGCUGCUGGACUGGGCCGAGCAGUUUGAGGCUGAGAGCCGACACACUGAUGAAGUCGUGGCCUUUAGCGUGCUCCUGGGUGACCUGAACUUUGACAACUGCUCGCUAAACCAGGCACUGGAGCAGGAGCACCAGCUUUUCAGCCUCUUCCGGGACCCCUGCCGGCUGGGCACGCGCCAGGAGCAGCCGUGGGCCCUGGGAACGCUAUUGAGCACUUCCAGGCUCCACCACUCGGUGGCCUGCUCCCCGGAGAUGCUGCGGAGGGCUCUGGAGAAGGAGGAAGGGCGCCACCACUUCCUGGCAGGCCCUUGCCACGGAAGCCCCCGGGCUGAGCCCUGGCGCGGCCGGCGCCUGGACUACAUCACCUACCGGGAAGCGCCGGGAGGCCUGCUGAGUCCAGAAGUAGAACAGGUGACAUUCAGCACCGCCCUGGCGGGGCUCACAGACCACCUGGCCGUGGGACUUCGGCUCCGGAUUUCGAUGCCCUCGUGAGGCAGGCACGCCGGCGACGGCGACGAGGCUGGGUUGAAAGACGGGCAA